GAUCAUCUUUUUCUUCUUCAUCCAAAUAAAAUAUCAUUGUUUUUAGUUCUUCUUGGAAAGACCCUUCAAUGAGUAGUACCUGCUCCCUAAAGUUAUGAUACACUGUAGAAAGUGCUUCAUAAAACACAUGAACUUUGUUUACACUUACUUUGAUUGUAGCUUUAGGCAGUAAUCUAUGUGCUUACAUAAAGUAAGCACAUCUUUUAAGUUAUUAGGUGAACAUACAUUAGAGUUUAGAUAACACCAAUCAAAGCCAUUGGUCCACCUCUUCUUGAUUCAGUUUAUACUAGAGGUUGUGGAUUGUCCAUUCAGAAACUAGGAAAGCCUUAUCCUACCUAGCUUCCUGGUGCUGGCCUCAGAAUCAGUUUGUCCCCCUGUGCAUACCCUUUUCCUCUUUUGGUGGUUUUCUGAUCAAAUGGAGUUCCAUGAAGACCGUUACAGGCAGGCUCAGAGGCCAAAAUAUGAUUGUCUUCUAUUUGAUCUAGAUGAUACCCUUUAUCCCCUAAGUACUGGUGUUGCUACUGCUUGCCGCAAUAACAUAGAAGAUUAUAUGGUUGAAAAGCUUGGCAUUGAGAGGAGCAUCAUCCCUGAAUUGGGUAACCUGCUGUACAAGAAUUAUGGAACUACAAUGGCUGGACUUAGGGCAAUUGGCUAUGACUUUGACUAUGAUGAAUACCACAGUUUUGUCCAUGGUAGAUUACCUUAUGAGAACAUCAAACCAGACCCUGUUUUGAGGAGUCUUUUGCUCAACCUGCCUUACAGGAAAAUUAUAUUCACAAAUGCAGACAAGGUCCAUGCUGCUAAAGCACUAAGCAGGCUUGGUUUAGAAGAUUGCUUUGAGGGAAUUAUCUGCUUUGAGACCCUCAACCCUAUUCACAAAAGCACUGUUUCUGAUGAUGAAGAUGACAUUGAGUUUGUGGGAUUAAGCACUGCUCAAAUUCCUGCCACCACAACAACUACUAGUAGCUCUGAGAUUUUUGACAUCAUUGCCCAUUUUGCUCAAGCAAACCCCUCUUCAAAAUUACCCAAAACCCCAAUUGUGUGCAAGCCAUCCGAAGCUGCCAUAGAAAAAGCCCUCGAGAUAGCCCACAUUAACCCUCAGAGAACACUGUUCUUUGAAGAUAGUGUCAGGAACAUACAAGCUGGCAAAAGAGUGGGUCUUCACACUGUGCUGGUUGGCACAUCACAGAGAGUUAAAGGUGCUGACUUUGCACUAGAAAGCAUCCACAAUCUGAGGGAAGCACUGCCAGAGCUUUGGGAAGCUGAUAGGAAAUCUGAAGUUGGUUACCCGGGAAAAGUAGCGGUGGAAACUUCAGUCACAGCUUAGAGUAUUAAUUUGUGCCAACAUGCACUAGUUUCUUUGAGAACAAAAAAAAAAAAUCAUGUUUUUGGGGUCUCAAUCCCCAUUUGUCUAUUUAUAAUAAAGAUAUAUAAUUCAUCUUUGA